AGAACCAGGAAAUAGAAGUGGAGGAACCAUUUUUGCUGUGCAAACAGAGUAACUAGCUAAAUUAACCCACAACUGAUCAAAAUGGAAACAGAUACAUUUGAUUUACAGUAAGAUUUCAGUCUGAAGCUUUGAAGAGGUUAUUCUUUACAAAGGUAUCCUUUCUUCAAUGCCAACAAAACAGUGAGAAAUUUAACUAUAUUCAAAAUCCAUCGCUGGUCACACCUAGCCAACAGACUUGGCUGAAGGAGGGAAGACGAUGCCCUUGGACCAACUGCAGAAGACAAUCCAUAACCCGGUUAUUCCAUACACUGGGACAAUCCUUAGUGGUCUCCUUCCUGGAGAACUAGUUGUAAUACAGGGAAGUGUUCCUGAUGAUUCCGACAGGUUCCAGGUGGACUUCCAAUGUGGCAGUAGCACAAAACCUCGUGCUGAUGUGGCCUUUCACUUCAAUCCCCGCUUCAAAAAAUCGGGUUCCAUAAUCUGUAACACUCUGGAAAAAGAAAGAUGGGGUUGGGAGGAGAUCACUUAUGAGAUGCCUUUUCAAAAAGGAAAGCCAUUUAAGAUUGUCUUUAUGGUUUUGAAGGAUAAAUUCCAGGUGUCUGUAAAUGAAAAACAUUUGCUGCUGUACAACCACAGAGUUAACCUGGAAAGAAUAGAUACACUGGGGAUAUAUGGGAAAGUACAGAUUCAGACUAUAGCGUUUGUUUCUAACAAUUCUUCACAAGGCUCUCAGCCAUCAUCUUUAGGAAUAACAAAGAUAAACUCAGAAAAUGGAGUAGUGCCUGAUGGUUCACAACUUGUGGUUCCUUACAUUGCAAGGCUUAAUUCUGCACUUUGUCCUGGACAGACAGUUGUCAUCAAAGGAGAAGUGAAUAAAAACCCAAACAGCUUUGCUGUUAAUCUAAAAUCAAGUGACUCAAAGGAUAUUGCACUGCAUCUGAAUCCCCGAAUGAAAACAAAAGUUUUCGUGAGAAAUUCCUAUCUUUGUGAUAGCUGGGGAGAAGAGGAAAAAGAUGUCACUAAUUUCCCUUUCAGCCCAGGAAUGUACUUUGAGUUGUUAAUUUUCUGUGAUGUUCAUCAGUACAAGGUUGCUAUAAAUGGUGUGCACAUCCUGGAGUACAAGCAUCGAUUUAAACAACUUGAAAAGAUCAGCGUAUUGGAGGUUACUGGAGACAUUCAAUUACUGGAUGUGAGGAGCCUGUAGCAUCAUAUUCUUCCACCCUCUGUUGCCCUUUACUCAGUACAAACUGGUAUUGAAUAGCCCAGAUCCAUGUCCCAUUUAUCCAAGUUUCUGUAUUGGUGCUUAUCACAAAGUUGAGCCCCAGGAGUCAAAAUCCUAUUAGACUAUAUCUUCCCCAGUUUUCAGUAUUUUGGCAAACUAAAGUCACUUUAUCUGCUUCAGUAGGCAUAGAUCUCCUGUUAUAUGAAGAAUUCAAUUACUGUACCUAGCAAUAUAAAGAUUUGCUUUAUAGUAUUAGAAUAAUUGCAAAAUAUUUUGUAAAUUAGAACACAGAAGGCUGUACUAUGGAAUGCUAAUAACUAUAAAUUCAAUAUUGUCUGUUGAUAAGAGCUGGACUGAAAUAUGAUCUGUAUCUGAAAAUGGACUGUCAACCUCUUGAGAUCUAAUCAAGUUCUAAGUAUAUUUGAAGCCUUAUUGUUUAUAUGCAAUGUUAAAGAGGAAUUAUGUAAGGAAAGAAUGUACUCUAAUUUUAGGGAGAGCACAUCUGCAGUCUCAUUGCUUUACUCUGGUUUUUAUAAAAAGAAAAGGAGUACUUGGGGCACCUUAGAGACCUUACAGCUGUAGCUCACGAAAGCUUAUGCUCAAAUAAAUUGGUUAGUCUCUAAGGUGCCCCAAGUACUCCUUUUCUUUCUGCGAAUACAGACUAACAUGGCUGCUACUCUGAAAUCUGUUUUUUAUGUUAAUAUAACUUGAAAUUAGUAGUAUUAGACCAGAAUAAACUGGAAUAAUGCUAUGAUGAAUCAGAACCCUGCUAUAUUAAACUAGUGAACGUUAGUGGUAGCUCUACAUCUUGAAAAGGUAUUUCAGCCCCAAACCUAAAACAUCUAACCUAAGCUACCUCACAGCAUGUCAGCUUUGCUGAAUUUUUUUGAAAACAAAACACCCUCCCUGGGGUCCAAGUGAUAUUUUAUUUUCUUGUCUACUGCACUGCAGCACAGAUGCUCUAAGCCACUUCCUUGACUCUCAUAGUUAUGUCAGCUUCUGCUGCUAAGUGGCAUAAGUCGAGCCCCUAGAAAAACCCCUGGCUAUUCUGGUGGAAUUCUGUAAUUUUAGCUGAGAUCAAAGUGAAAUAACACUGUCCUCUCUUGGGUUGAUUUAGCUAGCUCUUAUCUUGUCAAUUUUUGGAGAUACAGUAUUAUAGGAGAGAUUCUAAAAAGAGCUCUUAUCUUUUUUUGAUUCAAGUUGCUCAGGAAUAGAAGUAAUCAUAUCUGUGUUUUUUAAAAGGGUGUGGACCCAUGGAUGCUACGCAUUAAAUCUGAGCUCAGAGGUAAUAUUCAAGAGGUUGACAGUCAAGAGUGUUCACCUACUACCCCAUUGACUAAGUUGCACUAUAAUACGCUAUCUGAAACAAAUAUUUUGUAAAAAAUACUGAUUAGCAUAUACAUAGAGCCCCUGAGGCCAACAACAUUAACAUUUCCCUGAGGAAAUCUUUAUAUGAUGCAUUUAUAACAGUUUACAAGGUAUUGUCUGUGAUACCAUUUCCCUUCUCACAUAGGCCAUGAGGUUAAAAAUGGAAGUGUUCUGAUCCAAUACUUCUAUAAUUUCAUGUCCUAUCUAGUUAUUUGCUAAUGAUUUUCAGAUGGCAACUGUGGUGUGGGAUAUAAAAUGUGAAAUACAAGACUUACAGAAAUACAGGCAGUUAGUGCAGUUGAAAUGUAUAAUAGAUGCCGUAGGAAUUAAUUGAGUUGACUGCUGUAAAAUUGUAUAAAACAAAGAUGACCUUCCAAAAAUUAAAUCUCAAUUUUUGUGA